UGCAAUCUUAUAAUCUCACUGAGGAGGGGUAUAGGCGUAGUUUCAGAUCUGUUAGGCCUUUGAACUUUGAACGCCCAAAACAGUUUGCUAAUCGGAUGAAAGGUCAUUUUGAUAAUUGGAUAGGAGCGUCUAAGAUAGACAAUAGUAGGGCUGCUCUUGAGGAUCUGAUGUUGCGAGAGCAAUUUUUGAUUGAUUGUCCAAGAGAGGUUGCUAGGUUCAUCAGGGAACGGAAAUGCACGAAGUUUGACGAGGCAGUGGAGUGUGCAGAGGUUUAUGUUAGUGCACACGGACCUCAUGUUUUCUUUGGUGGAGAGAAAUCCGAAAGAAGCCGAUCAGAUCCGAAGGGGGGUAGUAAGGGCCCUAAUCAAAUAGGUAAGACUAAUGCGAAAUUGUGCGAGGUUCAAGCCAGGGCAAAGAAAGUGGAAGGUGGUAAGCCCUUCCAAAAGAAGGGGUGUUAUAUGUGUGGGAAUCCCAAUCACAUGAAGAGGGAGUGUCCCCUGUUAUUGAAGUCUAUGGCGGCUCAGGGUAUGAUGUUGUUAGGGGGUAAUGAAGUCCCCGGGGUAUAUGCUGUUCAUAAUGAGCCUAAUGAGGGUGAGAUUGAAUCUGAGGCCGUAGAGUUGACAGCAGCUUGCAUUGCCGAGUCGGUGGUCGAUAGUGAAGUCAUUGAAAAAGUUGGAAUGGCUUACGAUGAUAUUGAAGCGAUGGUCAAUGAUAUGCCUGUCGUGUCUGGGAGGUUGAUGCCUGGGAAUGUUCCCGUUUCCGUGCUACGCGGUUCAGGUUGUAGUACUUGUGUUGUGAAAGAAGCGUUAGUUAGGAAAGAGCAAUUCACAGGUCGUCAUGUUAGAGUCAGGUUAAUUGAUGAAACGAUAAGGCGUUUCCCCUUGGCAAGAAUCGUUGUCGAUUCGCCUUAUUUCGAAGGAGAGGUGGUGGCAGUGUGUAUGCCUAGAUGUUUGAAUGACGUAAUCAUUGGUAAUGUGAGAGGGGCUCGUCCACCAAAAGAGCCUAAUUUCCAUUGGGUUCCUAAGGCUGACAUAGAGGUCACGCCGGAGGUCGUGCCGGAGGUCACUGGUUUGGAAGAUUCGAAGUUGGAGAACCACCUAAGCUAUAAUAGACUUAACGUCAUGUUAGAAGUCGGCAAUUAAAGUCAAUAUCUGAGGGUAAUUCCACGUCGGGACGAGAGGCUAGCUCAACUGCCACCCGGUUCUCCAUAGCUUUCGUCGGGGGCUAGCUCUUGUCUGGGAUCGGGACGCACACCAUCGUAUCUCAGUCUGCGGAGGUCAAGAAUACGGGGCGACUACCGGGGCCAAGUGGAGCAAAGACGCUGUCUGCGGAGGCCAGGGCCAAGUGGACGACACGAGCUGUGACCGGCGUCGAUGUCAGACGGGAAACUACCCAUCCAGAAUUAUUUUGUUAAAGAUAAGUUUAAUUACAUACUGUAUUAUUACUGAAGCCAAAACAAAGUGUGUGAAACAGGAGAAAUGAUUGGAAAUUAAACGUUACAAUUUAACUUUAA